AUGGCGGUCGAUGAUUGGAGAACGGCGGUGACGGUGACAAUUGGACGGCCUCCAGCUCUGUUUGUAACUGGCUUGGUGUUUCUUGUGGUGUCAGACAUGGAAGGGAACAAUUUCUAUGGCAAUCUACCCCAAGAAUUGGGGCAACUACAUCGUUUGAGGCUCAUUCAUUUAAGCUUUAAUGGCAUUAAUGGGGGAAUUCCAUCAUGGCUUGGGAAAUUACAUCGAGUUGAAAACUUGAAAAUGAGUAAUAAUAAUUUUACAGGAACAAUUCCUCAAACACUUGUUAAUAUGUCCAACCUAGAGACCUUAGGCUUGGGACACAAUCAACUAUCCGGUCAGAUUCCAUCGUCCAUCUUCAAGAUUUCCUCUUUGAAAGAGAUUUAUCUCCAAGAUAAUAGUCUUUCUGGUAGUUUACCAGAUGAUUUAUGUGUCCAUCUUCCUAAACUUGAAGUACUUUACUUGUACAUAAAUGAAUUAUCCGGUUAUAUUCCAUCAAGUAUAGGCAGAUGCAGCAAGCUUCAAAAAUUGGCAUUGUCCAUUAAUCAAUUCAAUGGGUUCAUUCCAAGAAAUAUUGGAAAUUUGACACAACUCAAAGAAGUAUAUUUGGGUGUAAAUAACUUAGAAGGUGAAAUUCCUAAGGAAAUUGGUAAUCUUUUUAGUUUAGAGGUGUUAAGUGCAGCAUAUAAUGGCCUUACUGGUCCGAUUCCAGCUUCCAUCUUCAACAUUUCUUCUCUGACCACUGUUGCUCUAGAAAGCAAUCGUUUAUCAGGUAGAUUGCCUGAUAUGUGUCAUUAUCUUCCUCACCUUGAGUUUUUUUACUUGCGUAAGAAUCGAUUAUCUGGUAAUAUUCCAUCAAGUAUAGACAAAUGCUACAACCUGCAGUAUUUGGCAUUAAAUAUAAAUCAAUUCACCGGGCUCAUUCCAAAAAGCAUCGGGAAUUUAACCAUGCUCAAAGAAGUAUAUCUUAAUGGAAACAGAUUGGAAGGUGAAAUUCCUGAGGAAAUUGGUAAUCUAUUUAAUUUAGAGGUGUUAUAUGCAAGAGAUAUGGGCCUUACUGGUCAGAUUCCAGCUUCCAUCUUCAACAUUUCUUCUCUGACCAAGGUUUCUCUAGGAAACAAUAGUUUAUCAGGUAACUUACCACUCAUGACCAAUUUUCCAAAACUUGAAACACUCAUUCUGGAGGGAAAUAAUCUUACCGGAAACAUUCUCAAUUCUAUCUCCAAUGCUUCCAUGCUCAAGGUGCUUGCAUUACAAGAUAACUCCUUCUCAGGCCUUAUUCCAAAUACUCUUGGCAACUUAAGACGCCUUGAAUGGUUCCAAAUUGGGAACAAUCAUUUUACCACAGAACCUGCUACUCACAAGUGGAGCUUUCUCUCUUCUUUGGUAAAUUGCAAGAAUUUGAGACUUAUAGAUGUUUCACAAAUUCCAUUGAAUGGCAUUCUUCCAACUUAUAUUGGGAAUCUUUCCACAACUCUUCAACAACUUUUAGCUUUUGAUUGUGAGCUUCAAGGUAAUAUUCCAUUGGAAGUCGCUAACUUAAGCAACAUGUUUCUUUUAGACCUUAGCUAUAACAAAAUAAGUGGAUCUAUUCCAGCGACAAUAGGAGGACUACGAAAUGUCCAAAGUGUGACUCUUGAGACUAAUGAGUUACAAGGGCCCAUCCCUGAAAAAAUCUGUGGUUUGGAGAGAUUAUAUGCAUUGAAAUUAUCUUUUAAUAAGCUCAAUGGACCUAUGCCUACUUGUUUGGGUAAUUUGACUUCUUUACGAAAUCUUUACUUGGGAUCCAACAAAUUGAGUUAUGCAAUACCUUCAACCUUGUGGAGCCUUAAAGAUAUUUUAGAAGUAGAUUUGUCGUCAAACUACUUUAGCAGCUCACAUCCACUUGAUAUCGGAUAUUUAAGGGCACUAAUGUAUUUGAAUUUGUCAAAGAAUCUACUAAUGAGUGAUAUCUUGUCUUCAAUUGGGGGCAUUGAAACAUUGGUUUCUUUAGAUUUAUCUAAUAACAAGUUUCAUGGUCAUAUUCCUGAAUCAUUUGGUGGCUUGAUUAGUUUGGAAUUCUUGGAUUUAUCCAAUAACAAUCUCUCUGGAGUUAUUCCCAAAACUUUGGAAAAGCUUUUGAAUCUAAAAUAUUUUAAUGUGUCCUACAACAGAUUGGAAGGAGAAAUCCCCACUGGAAGAUGUUUUCAAAACUUUUCCAGUAGAUCAUUCAUGAAAAAUUAUGCACUUUGCGGUCCAUCUAGACUGCUAGUCCCACCUUGCAAGAGAAAACGCCAAAGUAGGAGUAUAACUCUACCUGUUAAGGAAGAUUUGUUAUCUUUGAAAACAUGGAGAAGAAUUUCAUAUGCAGAACUUUCACAAGCAACUGAUGGAUUUGGAGAAUGUAACUUUCUUGGUUCAGGGAGUUUUGGAUCUGUAUAUAAAGGGAGGCUUUCAGAUGGGAUGAAUGUUGCAAUAAAAGUUUUCAAUUUGCAGAUAGAGGGAGCAUUUAGGAGUUUCGACACUGAAUGUGAAGCUAUGCGUAAUAUGAUACAUCGCAAUCUUGUCGAGGUCGUUACUUGCUGCUCCAAUGUGGACUUCAAAGCCUUGGUGCUUGACAUGCCUAAUGGAAGUCUUGAAAAAUGGUUACAUUCUGAGCACUAUUUUCUUGAUAUCUUACAAAGGAUCAAUAUAAUGAUAGAUGUUGCAUCAGCUCUAGAAUACCUCCAUGCUGGACAACCAACUCCGAUAAUCCAUUGUGACCUAAAGCCAAGUAAUAUUCUGCUAGAUGAAGACAUGGUUGUGCAUUUGGGAGAUUUUGGCAUUGCCAAACUAUUAGAAGAAGAUGAUUUCAUGCGAUAA